CAUCAAGCGUAGUUUGGGACAAUUUCCGCAAUUUGAAUUUACCGCCUUUGACGUGGCAUCCCGCCAGUAGAGGGGAGUAGUAGCGUCGCCACUCGCCAGUCCAGCAGCCAUCAUUCAAAGCUCAAGACAAGGACCCACGUGGGCUGUGCCUCGUUCAUUUCUGCUAUCCAACAUCAGAACAGUAUAUGAAUAUGGCAAAUGCUGUUUUGACAUCAUUUCCUGCCAUCCUGAGAAACAGUGAUCUCGAGGAGCAUGAAUUGCAGCUGCAAUGGAAAUUGCGCACCCAGCGCAAGUUUCAGAAUUCAAGGAAGAGGCAGGAUUCCUCAGUGACUGAGGUGACAUCAAGGAAAAGGAAGAUCCCUUGCAUAGAACCAAAAGAGACUGCGUGUCCACUGAUGUAUGGAGUAAAGGCUUACUUUCCACCAAGGCCCCAUUCAGAAGAUGAUGAGUCAUUAGAGAGACAUAGACAGUGGCUUGCUCUACAUUGGAUGAAGAAAGAUCCCGAGUUAGAUAAGGCUGAACGCCUCAUGCAGUUGACACUCUCUGAGAGACGCAAAAAAAUAAUCAAUGGGAACAUUCUUGUAGCAGAAAUCCUGAACUUGUACCCGUGGAUUCAGACUUUUGAUGGUAUAAUCAAGGAGUUCCUGAGAUUAGAACCACAAGCGGAUGAACCAGACCCAAGAGUAGCAGUUUUGAAAGGGCUGGAGAAAUAUAGGCUCCCAAUAAUUGCCAUUCUCAAAAAAAGAAAAGCAGUUCCUCUGUAUAUGGAAACCUUACUUGAACUCUAUGACCACGAUGAAAGUCAAUAUGCUUGCUUAGUUAUAUUGGGGUUACUUCACCUGCUUGGAGAAAGGAAAGAUUCCAUUUUUACUAAGGUACCAGAAGAAGAACUAAGAACAGGGCAGUCUAGUUUGUCCAUUCAACAUGUUGGAGACAUACAUGUCAGGCAGAUUUUGUGUAUUAUUUGAUGGUGCACCUGUAGCUGAACCAACAUGUAUUUCUAUGGCUGUAGUCUCAUUGGUAGCAGGGCUUUAUGUGUUUAAUAUUGAACACCCAAAAAAUUGUGAACAUUUCCUCCAUUUCACAACAUCCCAUCUCUUAGGUAUCAAGUAUGACAAAGGUAACACUUCAAAAACAAGAUCUCUGCUUGUAAAACUCAAUGAAGUAAAGACAGAAUUGAGCUACAAAAAUGCAUAAAUCUGCUUCCAAAUAUAUUAAACUCCACACAUAAUGCCUCUCUCUCUCUCUCUCUCUCUCUCUCUCUCUCUCUCUCUCUCUCUCUCUCUCUCUCUCUCUCUCUCUCUCUCACACACACACACACACACACACACACACACACACACACACACACACACACACACACACAC